AUGUCGUCCCGAUUUCCUCCUUCCGGGUUCAAUUCCCGAGACCGGUCUCCUCAGCGCUUCGGGGACCGUCGAGCACCUGUGAAUCCCCGUGGCCCGGAUGAUGGACAUUUACCCUUUGACAGAGAGCCUCCCCGAGGGCCACGAGCCCUGGUUGAUUCUCCAAGAGGAGGCCCGUUUAGCGGUCGUGGCCGCGGCUAUGGCCGAGGGGACUUUCGAGACCGAGACCGAGAUCGAGACCGAGAUCGAGACCUGCGUGACCGCGACCGCGACCGUGAUUUUCGAGACUCCCGUGAUGUUCCACCAUUUCGACGAGACAUUGACCGGGACUGGGGCCGCCGAGACCGUGACUUCGACCCCCGAGAUACUCGGAUGGGAUUUGGCCGAGGCCGCUCACGUUCACCCACGCGCGACUUUCGUGAUUUGAGGGAGCCGUCAGGACGCGAGUUUGACCUGGUUCGCAUGCGCCGCAAUUCCCGGGAUAGCAUCUUGUCCGCCUCCUCAGCAGGUCCCGAUGGCCCACCUCCGUGCGGCAGCCAUCUCCCGCGUGGUGGCUCGAUUCGAGGCCGCGGACGUGGAGACUGGGAAGGUGGAAGGGGCCGUGGACGCCCAUCAUAUCUUGAUGACCGAAACACUUUUCGUCGACGGAGUCGAUCUCGUGACAGCUGGCGCGAUCGUGGGCGCGAUCGUGACCUGGAUCGGGAUCGUGCGCUAGAUCGCGACCGGAUGCUGGACCGUGACCGUGACCGGGAUCGAGAUCGUGAGAUGGAUCGACGGGAUCGAUUUGAUCGGCGAGAAGAUUGGGAUAGCAGACGACCCGAUCGUGACGACCGUGAACGACCAGUCGACCUCUGGAAGCGCGAACGUCCCCCAAGCCGGGCGGAAAGUCGCGUGGUUAGUGGUUCAAUUACUGCCUCUACUCCUCCCCUGCCUGUGACCAUGGGCCCCGCACCGCCUGAUCGCAUGUCCGAUCAACCACCCGUUGACCGCCCAGGUCGCAAACCUUCGAUGGCCUCGGGCCUGGAUGCGACAGGAAAUGGUCGUGAUGCUGAAAGACCUGAUCUUUAUCCCCCGCGAUCUGAAGCCCCCAAGGAUCUGGGGCUAGCCGUCCAACAUUCGCCUCCUCCGGCUGCUCCUCAGGUACCCGCGUUCGGUUCUGUCGCCGUCCCCAUACCAAGUACUUCUGUUGAAAAAGAUUCCAGUGAUCCAAUCCCGGCACCCCCGUCGGGUCCGGCGGUUAAGGAUCGGAAUGAAAGAGGCCAGCGGCCAGUGCUUCAGCCUCCCACCGGCCCCAAAGCAGAACGCGGUGAGCCACCGCAAGCGCCGGAGCCACGGAGUCGCCGUUAUGUGCCUCCAGACGGCGGCAAAGAGCAGGAAGCGUCUCUUCCGAAAGCAAAGCCACCGACACAUUUGUCAGACUUGUCGCCGCCCACUGCACCGGCCGCAAUGGUAAAACGAGAUUCGAUCUCGGGCUCCAACGAGCCACUUGUGACCGGCAAACCCACCUCUCUGUCCACUUCCCCAACCUUUACCAGACAGCCGCCACCAGCACCCCGGGCACUUUCUCGGGAGCCAUCCAUUUCUCCCCGAAUGCAAUCAUCGAGUAUCCCCACUGGUCCACGAGCAUUACAACAAAGACAGGCCCCGUCCCCGCGCGGAGGAGGACCGAAGGGCAGUAAACAAUGGGUUCGUCCGGGCUACGGCCGCACACCUUCGAUUUCCAACGCGCCAUCGAAAAGGAAGUCUCUUGAUGAGCACGAUGCCACUCACGUCGCUGGAGAAGAGGGCCAACAAGGCCCUCGAACGCUGUCGCCCGACCAAAGCGAGAAGGCGGAGAACGGCGAAAUUUUAGCUCAUGAUGUGUUCAAGGCAACCUCUUCGAGCCCAUCCAUGACCCUCGACACUCGUCCUACUAGCCCCCCAGUGCAGACAAUUGAAACUGGCGUGAGAAGAGAAGAGGCGGCCGAUGAAGAAUCUGCUUUGAUUCCCGACUUUGGGCAAUCCAGUGACGAGGAAGAUGACGAGAAUGUUGUUUUCACCCAGGAAUACCUGGAAGAAAGAAGGCAGAUUUUCGAGAGGGAUAUGCGACAACUUCGGGCCGAGAUGCCCCCUCCUCCUCUGGAGGACCCAACCAUUGUCGCGCUUCUAAUGAAGAUUCAGCUACUUGGCUUGUUGGCUCAUGGUGAAGCCCCGGAACGACCACUGGAGCCAGUCCCAUCGGUGGAGGAGGAAGAGACUGCGAAACCACUGGAGAAUGCGCGAGUCGUGUCAUUUGCUCCGGCUCUGGUCGACCGUGAGCCAGCGCCUUCUACCUUUUUGCACUCGGGCCCGCCUACACCCCUUUCCGACUUGGAAGUGUAUCAUGAUAAUGCCACCACCCAGGAGCGUCUCAAAGACGCCUUUAGACAUGAGCUCUCAAAACGACAGAAAGAGGUUGCGCAAAAGAAUGCGGUCCUUCGGGAGGAGUACAUGUCUUACUACAAACCCUGGCGAGUGGCGGUUUGGGAACGCGAUCGUUUCAAGGACAAAAAGUCCGUGACUCCUGGCCCGAUCUCGCCGCCGCCCCCUGUGCCAGUCACCCCGGCUCCUGUUCCAGAAGGCCGCGAAGGGCGGCGGUACAAGGGAAACAGCGAGCUUGAUUUCCUCAAUGCGCUGAAAGCGUCUGAGAUCUCAGCUCAGGAGGAGCUCGAACGCCGACGAACCAAGAUGGCCACGGCUCGUCCCGAUUUGUCUCGCGAAGCUGUCAUCCCGGACAUGCUAGAGCCACGAGAGGAAAAGGUGCGCAUCUUCAAGGAUGUCAAUAACAUCAUCGCAACCGACAACGCCAUGCAAGUCUUUGGCUUCCUCCCACCGGUCAACGACUUCACUCCGGAGGAACAUGUCAUCUUCACCAAUGCCUUUAUGGCGUACCCAAAGAAAUGGGGUAAGAUUGCGGAGUCAUUGCCUGGUCGAGAUUAUCAACAGUGUAUUAUUCACUACUAUCUCACCAAAGAAGAGAUCAAGUACAAGGCAAAGCUCAACAAGCGCUGGAGUCGUCGUGGGGGCAAGGGGAAAGCACGAUCCUCCCGACCCAAGUCCAACGCUCUCAUCGCCGAUCUGGGGGUGGUCAAACCAGAUUUGGAGGGCGAAGAGGAAACUCCCGCUGUCACCGAUACUGGGCGCCCGCGGCGCGCUGCCGCCCCUACCUUUGGUGAUUCCAAUGAAGUGGAACCCAUUCCCGCUGGGCGUCGGGGUCAAGUCGGCAAAGAUGGCGAGCCCGUUGAGAAGCCGACUGCUCGGCGCGGCGGCCGAGGAGGUGGUGGUCGCAGCCAGCGACGCACCAAGACUACUCAGUCGGAGCAAAAGGUCCAAGGACAAGUCGUACAGGGCAAUAUGCCAUUGACCGCAGCACCCAAGAUGGAAAUCGGUAUAGACGGCACAAUCGAAACAGUCCCAUCGGAUCGAGAAGCAGCUGAGAGAGAACCCCAUCUGCCUGUGCCUCGAGGCCGGACAGGUCGAGGACGUGCCAGGGAGGGAGUGUAUAUCUUCGAAUCCACCGAAGCCGAACCUGCUGUAGCAACAAAACCACAGGAGACUGGGUAUGGGUCGUUGCAACCGACCAGCUACUGGUCUGUACCGGAGCAACGAGACUUUCCCCUGUUGCUUGCUCAUUUCGGUCGAGAUUUUGAGGGUAUUUCGAGUUUCAUGAAGACAAAGACAACGGUGAUGGUGAAAAACUACUAUCAACGCCGCCUUGAUUCGGGUAAGAAGGAUUUCGAGGACAUCCUUUUUAUCGCAGAGGACAAGAAAGCUCGUGGUGAACCCACAGGUCCCCUUCCGGUCCCUAGUGUGGCUCCCAAACGACGGUACGAGGCGACUCCGUCGGCGGUCAUACCUCGACCGCUUGCCCCCCAUGGCGAACCCGUCCCCGAAGCGGACGAGGUACGGUUCCCCUCCAAGGGCAGACCUCUCGCCCUGUCCCCUCAACCCAUGCCACUUCAUGCACGGACCCUAUCUGAAAAAGAACGGAACGCCAGCCGCUACCCACCCUUGGUUCAAGCUUCUGCUGGUUCUCCCGUUCCGUCGACUAUUGCCCUCGGCGAAGAACCGCCUCGAGGAAUUCGGGCCCAGGUAGGACCGCCGCCACACCGUAUGCCUGGUCCGCGUCUUGGGUACUUUACUGAAGACCGCCGGGACUCUGCAAUAUUGUCUCACUCGCCAGCGCGUGCAACAGACUUGCAGAUCCCCUCGCGACACACCCCAGCACCCCUGCCGACGGACUUGGCGCGGAUGGAGCCUCUGUCCGCACAGGCCUACAUGUCAACGCAGCAGCCGUCAUCCCUCCUCGCAACUGCUCACUCGCGUCAUCCCAGCUUGACACAACCGGGGUCACCUACCCAAAUUCCAAGACCAGAGCUCGAAAUUCCUUCUGUUCACCGGGACCCUUUUGCUCAGCGACCCUAUUACUCGCUCUCCGGCCAACCCGUUGGUUUGUCUCACUCCCCUCGUCCUGUUCUGUCUCCGGUCAGAGAUGUUCCGCGCCCCAGCGCCACUCCCGCUCCUGAGCCUGCUCUUCGUCAAGUUCCUGCCAAACGGUCUAAUAUCAUGAGCAUUCUCAAUGACGAACCCGAGGAGCCACAACCCCGGAAGCGGCUUGCCAAUGAACAGCCGCCGUCUGUACCCCCACCGAGGUCCGUCUACCCUCCUACCGGCUCGGCCCGCCCCGAGGAGACUGCCCCGUCAGGGGCUGUGCCGAAGGCUGCCGUUUACACUUCGCAAAGCCAGUAUCAGCCACAGUCUCGAGGCUACUCCGACUAUCCUAACUAUGGGCCUCCUUCAAGUGGACCCGGCACUUCAGCGAACAAUGACUGGAUGGCACGGUUUGACCCACGCGCACAGCAAACUCCUCCGCAGCCGCAAGCACAGCCACCUCAACCGUCACCUGGUGGUCGUCCGCCCACAUCUCUAGCCUCGCAGAGCUCCUUUUCACAUUAUGCACCAGCUCCAUCCCAAUCUUCAGUCUCUUUAGCUCCAUCCCCGGCGCCGACACCCCCACCACCCGCUGCAAACCAGCGGUCCUCUUAUCCCAAUGUCUUCGCGCACUCGUCGGCGUCUGGCUCGCGCGAAACGCUUGCUCAACCUUCGACCUACCGACCUGGAUCACCUCCUUCGCGGGCGAGCAGUAUUGCAUAUACCUCACGACAUGAGCCAGCGAUGCCAGCCCAGUCCACCAGUCUGUUUGGCCUUCCUCCGCGUCAACCAUAUUCCUCGGUUGCACCACCCACCCCGGCACCCGCCCCGUCACAUGCGCACAGCUAUCAACAACAUGUGCAGACCUUGGUGAAUGGGUCGCAUCAGUCGCAGUCCCACCGUUCCACUCCAGUUGGUCUGCCUGGCGGCCCAUCGCCCUAUGGGCACAGCACUCCUCCGCCUCAAGCACCGGGUCGAUCGAUGCCGCCGUUGACAUCCCUGGGGCGCUCAUACACCCCUCCGUCGGCAUUACACCCUUCGGUCAGCGGGACCGGCAUGAACUAUGCACCCCCUCCCCCGUCGGCGUCAGGGCCGCUUCCCGCUCUCCACCAGCGAGCUCCCGGACCAUUGAGUGACGCUGCCUCUACGCCAACCCACCAUCGGGUCUAUAGUCAGGGAUCAACUCAAAGCGGGCUCCAUGGUCCAUUGCCUCCGCCAUCACAGCCCCCUCGCUAG